ACAUGCAAACAUCCGGUCUUUCAGAAAAUGGAAAUAAAACUGUAACAACGUGUUGACACAUUCUCUGACGUGCGGGGAAUUGACAAACCCUAUUUUCUGCCGCUGUCUCCAUGUUGUGGAAAUGCGAAGAUGGAGGUUGGAAGUCUCGUCUCGCACAGAGAGGACAUCGCCUCCCUGUUCCCACAGCAAAUCCCCGGGGCCAAGUAUAAAGAUCUGAGCAGCCAGUUCUCCUCUGUGAGGAAAGUACGUGGUGAUGGAAACUGCUUCUACAGGGCCCUCUGCUUCUCUCACAUGGAGUCAGUCCUGCAUAACACCAGAGCUUUGCAGAGAUUCAAGGACAAAAUAAUUCAGAGCAGUGAAGUUUUGUCCUCUGCAGGAUUUGAUGAGAGCCGCUUCAAACAUCACCUGGACACAGUUGUAAAUGUGGUGGAGCAGUGCCAGGCUGACGAGCAGGACUACGCGUUGCUGAGCCUCUUCAAUGAGCAGAUCACCUCUGACGGCGUGGUGCAGUAUCUCAGGCUGCUCACCUCGGCACACCUGCAGAGCCACGCAGAGUUCUUCUGCAACUUUGUGGAGGCGCCCAAUCUACAUGCAUACUGUCGUCAGGAAGUGGAGGUGAUGGGGAUGGAGUGCGAUCACGUGGACAUUCUGGCUCUCUCUGAGGCUCUGGACAUUUGCACACAUAUCGUCUCUAUGGACGGUGACGAGCAGCUGUUGGCUCACCACAUGAUUCCAGAGGGUGCUGAACCCUCCCUGCACCUCCUCUACCAAACAUCGCACUACAACAUUCUCUACCCACGACCUCACCACUGACCAGCGAUACGUCACAACCCUGCACAACUCAGGAACUCGAACUUCGGUUGAAUACAUCCCAGCAGCGCUUUAAGACACUUGUGAAAACAGAUUUUUAUAAAAUCUUGCAGCGUACAGAGAAUCAACAUCUGGAAAUACAAUUAUUGCACAUUGUGCAUGUUAAAAAUUACAUUUAUCUAUUUAGCAUUUUAACUGUGUCAAAGAUGGAUUUUUUUUUUUUUUUAAAUACACAUUUCUUAUAACAUAUCACUGCUGCUGCUGCUGCUUCUGCUGCUGCUGCUCCUCCUUCUUCUUCUGCCUCUUUUCCUUCCUCUGCUUCUUUUUCCCUGGCUGUGGUGGACCACGUUUUUUUAACUCGUCUUCCUUCUGCUGUAUUGACACCUUGGUCAGGGCACUUUCCAUCCCGCCACGAGGCAGGUGGGGCAGGGUGAGUUUUCCCAUCUGAGUCGGGUACCUGGUCUUUACCAGGUUCUUGAACACAGGCUGGGAGCUCAAAUGCUUCAAAUGCUUUUUCAUGCUCUUGACCAUCUUCUGCUGCUCUCUGUCACCAUCCUCCCCCUUUGAUCGGCCUGUGGACAAACAUGGAACCCUCAGCUGUUUGUAUUUGAACACUUUUCAAAUGGUUGUCACAGAUAUGGUUAUGUUGGUCUUACCGAGUAAAAGAUCAUCAUCCAGGUCCAGCUCCAGGGCCUCUGCUGCUUUUUUGAACCAGGAGUUGUGUUGCUUCUCUUUGCCGUUGUGGAACUCAAUCUUCUCUAUGUUCCUGGCCAAGUUUACUCGUUCCUGUGGUGGGACACACUCAACCGUUAACAAUCAGAAAGAAUUGCUUUAACGUGACAUAUAUACAGGACCUAAUACCAGUGGAGCUCACCUUGAUUGCUUCCAUGCAUUUGAUCUCUAUGGGGAACAUGGGAAGGUCCUCGUCCUUCCCUAGAGUAUUAUAAAUCUUUCUGAAGUUCAACAUGUCGUCUGGGCCGAUUAGCAGCAAACUGAGACCCUCUUUAGUGGCUCUCGCUGUUCUGCCACUCCGAUGGACAUAAGUCUCAGAUGUCCUGGGAACCUGAAGUACACAGGAGAGGAUUCAAAUUAUAGUAUUAGUAGUAUUCUUCUUAAAAACAAAACUAGAAUUACCGCACUGCAGUUGUUUGCCUCCGCCAACCAGUGCAGUUUCCAUGUACAUUUUUCUACAUAUUUAUUUUCCAGAUUCAUUUAAUGUCACUGUGACCUUUGACCACUGAAAUGUAAUCACUUGAUCUGAAAAUUGUAGUCCAAGUGAUCAAAAGUUGAAGAAAUUCCCUCAAGCCCUCUUGAGCUAUCACAUUCAAGAGGCCAAAAACAUGUUAUUUAAAAAAAAUCUAUUCAAGUCAUCCUUGAGUCUAAGUGAAUAUUUGUAAAAAAUGUCCCGCAGGGCAUUCUUGAGAUAUAAUGUUCACAGGCAUGGGAGUCAGCUUCCAAGGAACCUGAAAAUCUGGACAUUUGAAAAGAAAAACAUACCUGGUAGUGGAUCACAUGUUGAACAUUGGGAAUAUCCAGUCCUCUUGCAGCUACAUCAGUGGUCAGCAGAACGCAACUGUGAAUCAAGUCACAGCAGUUCAGUAAAGCAGGAGAUUUAUGGUGGAGCUCAGUGUUGUUUUCUUGUUGGGUUUGGUUUUCUGGCUUAUUUAGAAUUUUUUCUUAUUUCCUACCCCUCACUGCUACUGCAUUGUACAAACAUUGGAGGUACAUGUCAAAUUAUAUCAAAUGAUUAUUAAACAAUUUAACUAGGUUGAGUUUAAGUUAAAGUAACUAGCUUCAAUACAACUUUAACAAGGUAUGUGUAUUUUUUGUGUGAGUGUUGUUGUCAAGAUACACAGUACAUGUUCAGACAUGACAGUCAAUGUGUGCUCUAGUAGUUCCUCCCUCCUCCACCUGUAGGAGUGAAUAAAAUCCCUGUGUGAAGCUGCCUGUUCUGUGUUUAAACAUUUAAAAUCUGUUGAUUGAGCAUUGAGGGGGGGAGGGAGAGAUUCCUGGAUCAGCCUGUUUAACCAGAUCCGCUCCAAAAUGUUAUGUUUUUUCCUUGGCUUAGGCACCACCCCUCCACAAAAUUCCAUGGAAAGCAGUUUUGUUGUUUUUUAGUAAUCUUGCCGACAGUAAGACGGACAACAAUUACAACAUAACCUCCAAGGUGGAGGUAAAUAAGCAUUAUGAUGCAACUCAUCCCUCAGAUGCAGUUUAAACCCUUAAGCGUCUUACUGCAGUAAACAAGUUAUAAUAUUUCACCAUAGACAAAAUUACUGGAUCAAGUCAACCCAGAGCAAACAAGUUCAGACUGCUAGUGCAGGUGUGUGCAGCACUCACUUCUCCCUCUCAGCAAACCUCUCCAGGUUUUUCAGGCGUUGUUUCUGGUGCAUGUUGGCGUGUAGAGGCAGUGGAUCAAAGUCUAAGAUCACCAGCAGGGAGUUCAGUCUCUUGAUACAGUCUAUGCUGUUGGCGAACACCAUGGUGCGCCCGGGGAACUGCAGCAAGAAGUAAUACAGGUAGAAGUCCUUCUCCUCUUUCUGACAGUGGAUCCGCGUCUCGGUCAGCGUCUCCACCGUCGCCUCCUUCCUGGUGAGGUCGAUGAUUUUGGGUUUGGACUUGAUCCCCACUUUCUCCAUGAGAACUUCCAGCUUGCCCCUCUGGUCCAUAUUCUUCCUCUUCUUCUUCUGCAGGAGGCGGGUGGGCAGGCUGUGAGCCAUGGUCAGUGUGGCAGAGAACACAAAUGUUUGCCUCGUGGGGUUGAAGUGCACGGUGUUCAGCAUCUCCAGCAGAUUCUCCAGCUCCGCAAAGUGGCCUCUUUGCACCAUACGAUCGGCUUCGUCUAUGACCAGGCACCUGCAGAAUAACACAACCCCACAACACGUGUUACAUCAAUACUCACACUUCUGACAUUCCUCUCAUCUCUCAAGUUGUUUUUUCUGAGAUCAGAAUAAAACUACCUAUGUCUAAUCUAUUCACCAGUAUUCUUAAAUGCAGCAAAGGUCACUGCCAGAUGCACAGGCGAUUAAACCUGACUGGUCAGCAUUUGGGCUUUUAACAAAUAAAUACAGAGCUGGCACGUUCCUACUCGGACCAGGCUAAAUUCUGGAACACAGUCAAAUUCAAUAAAAACAGAGUCACCGCCUGUGGUUUCUGUUUAGCUUUCAGAAAAUAUUUUGUUGCUGCUGUUGGUCUGUAGUUUGAAGACGAUUGCUCAAGAACCCAUCCUGCAACAAGCAAUGUGCAUGAAGUCUAGUCUACACCAGGUCUAUUUUGUUCCACUACUGCGAAUGUUAGAAAAGUGUAAUUUGCAUGAGUAUCUUGGAUCAGCUCCUUUUAAGCCAACUUGUGGACCAACGUAUAACAAAGUGUACAAGUUAACCUUCAGUAACAUCCUGCAAAGUCCCCUGUAUUUAGAAAUGUGGCCUCUUAUAAGUGUUUUGAAAAUAAAGUUCACCUGCUUUGUCAAAAAUAAACAUCUCUACCCUGA